GGAUGCCCCACCAAGAUCUCUCAAGAGGGCGACGGAUCACCGCGGGUAUGCCCAAGGUGUAACAACGCUUCGGUCUUCCAAGCGAAGUCCAGGACAUGGUUCGAGAUCUGUUUCGUUCCCCUUGUUCCGAUGAAAUCGAAGCACAUCUGGCAAUGCGGGAUUUGUCACUGGAGCGUUCCCCUGCAGGACGGGUGA